CUUGGAAUUUAAUUUCUUUUCCAUCUCAGAUAUACUAACUGGAAGCCAUCUGAACGUCCUUGCAUAGAGACAAAAUUAUCUCUUGGGCAAAGAGGGCCAAAUGGCCUGCUGUGGCCAUUCCUGUGGUUACAGGAACAGUCCUAUGAAUGUGAAUGAAAAGGCGUUUGGAGAUCCACAAGAUUCCUUGGACUCAUUUGGAGUUGCAUUACAGGAUAGAGGAAGGAUGGAGACCCAACCUUCAGGAAGUGAAUUAACUGGAAAAGGCCCUUCUGCUGUUCAGCCUGGGAGCUGUGAGGAGUUCUGGGCAAGAACUGGGCAGGAGAUCCUGGAGGAGGAAACCAUCCGUUCAGUAGGACAGUCCUGGAACUUCAGGAGCGUCCAAUAUCAGGUGACUGAGGGUCCCCGAGGACUUUGCAGCCAACUCCACUACUUUUGCAGUCGAUGGUUGAGACCGGACAAGCACACAAAAGCACAGAUGCUGGACCUGGUUGUCCUGGAACAGUUCCUGGCUCUCCUGCCCCUGCAGAUGGAGAGCUGGGUGCGGGAGUGUGGGGCAGAGACCAGCUCCCAGGCAGUGGCCCUGGUGGAAGGCUUCCUCCUGAGCCAGGCGGAGGAGCAGAAGGAGCAGCCCUUUGCUGUGGAGAUCAGAGAUGCUGAGGGAAGGAGGAAUCGAUCAAGUCCCCCUCAGGAGCUGUUUUUCAGGAGUUUCUCUCAGGAAGAUCCAAAUCAGGACACCUCAGGAGGGAAGAAUAGAAUGAAGUUGACUGUUCCCUAUGGUGGAGCUGGAACAGUGGUUGAACCUCCAACUCCAGAGGGCCUUGUGUCCUUCGAGGAGGUGGCUGUGUGUUUCUCCGAGGAGGAGUGGUCUCAGCUGGAUCCUCACCAAAAAGCGCUGCAUUGGGAAGUCACGCUGGAAAAUUGUAGGAACGUGGCCUCUCUGGGUAAUAAUGGGCAGGAGAAUAAAGAUUCCAGUGAAUCAUCCCAAUUAAUUACGCAUGGAGAUGGAAAGGAGAAGCCUGCAAUUCAAAUGGAACUAGGAAGGCAUGAGAGAAGCCACUCAGAUAAUUGGAAUAAGGAGAGCCCAUCUUCCAUUGAUGCUCAGAUGCAAGACUUUCUUGACCAACAAGGAAAACUAAAGAAAAAACAUACUGGGAAAAGUGGAAGCCUAUUCAAAGACAAAUUAGAUGUAAAUGGACACUAUCCAACCCAAAUCAAAGGAGAAGAUAAUAUAUGCCGAGAGAAUGGAAAAAAUUACAAUUGGACUUUCCUUCUUUCUAUUGAAAAUGGGUCCCUUACAUCUCAUAAAAGGAUCCACACAGGGGAGAAGCCACAUAAAUGCAUGGAGUGUGGAAAGGGCUUUUAUAAAAAUGCAUCCCUUAUGAGACAUAAAAGGAUCCACACAGGGGAGAAACCAUAUAAAUGCAUGGAGUGUGGAAAGACCUUUGUUCAGAGCAGUCAACUUACAUGCCAUAAAAGGAUCCACACAGGGGAGAAGCCUUUUAAAUGCAUGGAUUGUGGAAAGGGCUUCAGCCAAGGCAGUCAUCUUACUUGCCAUAAAAGGAUCCACACAGGGGAGAAGCCAUAUAAAUGCAUGGAGUGUGGAAAGAGCUUUUAUAACAGUGCAUCCCUUAUCAAGCAUAAAAGGAUCCACACAGGGGAGAAGCCAUACAAAUGCAUGGAGUGUGGAAAGGGCUUCUGUGACAAUGGGUCCCUUACUCUCCAUAAAAGGAUCCACACAGGAGAGAAGCCAUAUAAAUGCAUGGAGUGUGGAAAGGGCUUCUGUGACAGUGGGUCCCUUAUGAGGCAUAAAAGGAUCCACACAGGGGAGAAGCCACAUAAAUGCAUGGAGUGUGGAAAGGGCUUCAGCCAACUGAGUAAUCUUUCUUCCCAUAAAAGGAUCCACACAGGGGAGAAGCCUUAUAAAUGCAUGGAGUGUGGAAAGGGCUUCAGGCAACUGAGUAAUCUUUCUUCCCAUAAAAGGAUCCACAGAGGGGAGAAGCCAUAUAAAUGCAUGAAGUGUGGAAAAAGUUUCCGUGAGAGCCAUUCCCUUACAUCUCAUAAAAGGAUCCACACAGGAGAGAAGCCAUAUAAAUGCAUGGAGUGUGGAAAGACCUUUAUUCAGAAUGGUAUACUUACUCAACAUAAAAGGAUCCACACAGGGGAGAAGCCAUACAAAUGCAUGGAGUGUGGAAAGAGCUUCUGUAAAAAUGGGUCUCUUACUAUUCAUAAAAGGAUCCACACAGGGGAGAAGCCAUUUAAAUGCAUGGAGUGUGGAAAGGGUUUCUGUGACAAUGGGUAUCUUACUCUCCAUAAAAGGAUCCACACAGGAGAGAAGCCAUAUAAAUGCGUAGAGUGUGGAAAGGGCUUCUCUCGCAAUGGGUCCCUUAUGAGGCAUAAAAGGAUCCACACAGGGGAGAAGCCAUAUAAAUGCAUGGAGUGUGGAAAGACCUUUAUUCAGAAUGAUCAACUUACUCUCCAUAAAUGGAUCCACACAGGGGAGAAGCCAUAUAAAUGUGUCGAGUGUGGAAAGAGCUUCAGCCAACUGAGUAAUCUUACUUCCCAUAAAAGGAUACACACAGGGGAAAGGCCAUAUAAGUGCAUGGAGUGUGGAAAGACCUUUAUUCAGAGUGUUAAACUUACUGUCCAUAAAAGGGUCCACACAGGGGAGAAGCCACAUAAAUGUGUCGAGUGUGGAAAGAGCUUCAAUUAUAGUUGUUCCCUUACUCUCCAUAAAAGGAUCCACACAGGGGAGAAGCCAUAUAAAUGUGUGGAGUGUGGAAAAAGCUUCAGUCAUAGUGGUUCCCUUACUUUCCAUAACAGGAUGCAUACAGGGGAGAAGCCAUAUAAAUGUGUGGAGUGUGGAAAGACCUUUAUUCAGAGCAGUCAGCUUACCUCUCAUAAAAGGAUCCACACAGGGGAAAAGCCAUUUAAAUGUAUGGAGUGUGGAAAGGGCUUCUGUGACAAUGGGUCCCUUACUCUCCAUAAAAGGAUCCACACAGGAGAGAAGCCAUAUAAAUGCAUGGAGUGUGGAAAGGGCUUCUGUCGCAGUGCGUCCCUUAUGAAGCAUAAAAGGAUCCACACAGGUGAAGCCAUAUAAAUGCAUGGAAUGUGGAA